AUGCCACCGCCGGCCGAUCCCACAAAAAAUGGCUCUUCAGUUGAAGCAGCAGACGAAGCAACACCUCUUCUCCUCGCGCCAGAAUCUGGACCUGCACGGAAUAAAACCAAUGGACACGCGACACCAAAUGGCAAGCCUGCAGACUACGAUACAAUACCUCACGAUGCUCCUCAAGAAGCGGAGGAGAAGCCCAUGCCGUAUAUCCAAAUUCUUCUUCUCUGCUACGCAUCGUUAGCAGAACCAGUGGCAUACUUCGCCAUCUUCCCGUUCAUCAACGAGAUGAUCUCGCGCACCGGCGGCGUGCCUGAGGAUAACGUUGGUUUCUGGUCUGGUCUUAUCGAAUCGCUCUUCUCGCUCGUCCAGAUGGUGCUCAUGAUUUUCUACGGCCGGAUGGCAGAUCGAUUGGGCAGGAAACCGGUCUUGGUGUUCAGUUUGGCGGGCGUGAGUAUCGCAACUGCGCUUUUCGGACUGAGUCAGCGGCUGUGGCAGAUGAUCAUGUUUCGGUGUCUGGCGGGCGUUUUUGCGGGGAGUGUCGUUACCGUGAGGACGAUGCUGAGCGAGAACACGGAUAAGAAGACCCAGGGCAGGGCGUUCAGUUGGUAUAUGUUUACGAGGAAUCUGGGCAUCUUUGCCGGGCCGCUUGUUGGUGGUGGACUUGCGAACCCAGCAGAGCAAUUUCCCGAGACAUUUGGACACCUGCAGUUCUUCAUCGACUAUCCGUAUGCCUUGGCAACAUUCGUUGCUGGUGCGGUCUGUAUGACUGGCACUUUGAGCAGCUUGUUCUUCCUGAAAGAGACCCUCAAACGCAAGGAAGACGGCGGUGCAGGCGCAGAGCCUCCCAUGUCAACCUCCGAAGUCCUCAAAUCCCCCGGUGUCCCAUUCGUUCUCUAUCUCUUCGGCCACACGAUGCUCCUCGCACUCGCCUAUACCGCCGUCGCCCCUGUUUUCCUCUACACGAGUGUGGAGAAAGGUGGAUUUGGCUUCAGUCCCAAGUUCAUCUCGUACUUCCUCGCUGUGGCUGGGGGAAGUCAAGCUUUGUGGAUGCUUCUCGCCUUCCCGGCUUUACAGCGAACGAUAGGAACCGGAUCUCUGAUGAGAUUGUGCGCUUUCGUUUGGCCUUUAAUGAUGGCUACCUAUCCGAUUCUGAACGAGUUUCUGAGACACGGGUGGAACAAGGCAUUCUGGAUUGUUGGUCCCAUUGCCAUUGUUAUUGGCAGUGGCGUGAGCAUGGCUUUUGCUUGCGUUCAACUUUUCGUCAACGACAUCUCGCCCUCACCAACAGGCCUCGCAACCGUCAACGCCUUAUCCCUGACCGUCAACAGCGGCGUUCGCGCUGCCAGCCCGGCACUCUUCACAAGCAUUUAUGCCUUUGGUGUCAAGAGCCGGUGGGCCGAUGGCCAUCUGGUCUGGUUCAUCCUGGUCGCCAUUUCGUUGCUGUUAAAUGUUGCUGUUUACUUCAUUCCAGAGCAGGCCGAAGGGAAGCCCGAGAAGAAGGCGAAUGCCCAGGCAAAUGGUGGCGAUGGGCGCGAGGAAGACUGA